UCUAGCCCUAAUCGUUUAUAACUGAUAACAACAAAGCUGGCAUGAUAGUCACAAAGUUGGUAGAUCACCGCAGGCCUGCAGCACUGUGUGGUACAGAAAAACAUACCACAGCUGACGUAAUCUUACCGGUGCCUGUUUUAAAAACGAGCAGUGAUACUUUGAUGAAAGCCAGACUUCAGAAGCGUCGGUCCAUCGUCUUAGCAAACUUGACUUACUUGCUUCUCCAUAUCCCAGUCCUAUAUGAUGACCAAGUACCUCUUCUAUGUCCAUCUAAUGUGUAAAUUCUACUCAUUUAAACAGCCCUGUUUGAGAAAAGAAAGUUACCAUGAAUGAUGGGGACUAAACAGCUAUUGUCUGCUGUACUGGAGUCCAUUAAUUUGACCACCUGAAAUUAGUCUACAACUUGAUUGGCUUGGUUAGUCAGUGUGUUGUCCCCGGUGGAUGACAUAGAUGUCCAUCUAUUGGCCAAGACCAAGAGGGCACGUCAUCUCCAUCAAUCAGAGAUCGAAUUUCUCCAGGGCAUGUCCCUCUGACUGUCUAUGGUCGCUAUCUCGGUCAUCCAUGCGUUGUUGGGUGUUAGCUAGAGGCCACCCGUCCAUGAGUCCUAUAACCGUUUGACCGAUCCAACGAUUAUGCGUAGGUGAUAAUGAAUUUGUAUCAAGAGUUAACGUGCGAUGGGGAGAGUAGCGCUCUGUUCGCAGGGGGACACCGACCAGGGGAGGUCAGGAUAGGUGACUUGGACCAGAUCAUUUCUCCAGAACUUGGAGCUGGCAAUGAGGGUAACUCUUUAUCAGAGGGUGACCCGGGAUAUUCAUUACAACACAGUUACCCGUCUUUCUCCGGUGCCAAUUCUGCAACCGACUGUACGGUAACUCAGCUCCCAGUCUACUCAGGCUCGAGCAGCUCUCCUCUGACACAGAGUCAGGGCUUUUCAACCACGCCACCGGCCUGCCUUCACUACUCUCGUCUCCCCUCCUACCUCCGGGUGCAGGAACACGACUUCCCCGGACUUGGAUACUCCUCUUCCACACACAUCACCGGGACUGAGGCGCUGGCGCACGCAGAAUUCGGGUCUAUAAAUGCGCACAUUAAAAUCUACACUCAUGAUGGGUCUAAUGUUCACUUUGCUGUUGUGAACAGUAGCUCUCACUCCGAGCCCAAUUGUAAGGUAGCUGAACUAAGUCACAGGAGCAAAGCUUUUGAUUGGAUGAACGUGAAGAAGAGAAGUCAAGCUCGGACGGCCAAGAUGCACAUGGCCUGUGGAUUAAGUAUAGUCGCUCCGGGCGUCAGUAUGGACAGAGGAGGUGGAGGUAACCACAGCAUUCCCACCGAUGGGCAUCAUAUUACCGCUAACGGGGUACUGAGGACCAAUUUCACCACCAAACAGCUCACGGAGCUCGAGAAGGAGUUCCACUUCAACAAGUACCUGACGCGAGCCAGACGCGUGGAGAUCGCGAGCGCCCUGCAACUGAGCGAAACGCAGGUGAAGAUUUGGUUCCAGAACCGGCGAAUGAAACAGAAGAAAUUAAUGCGCGAGGGCCUUCUCCCGGUGGCCCCUCCCGUCCUCAAGCUGCUCAGAAAGCUCACGCUCCAACAGCCUGGACACUUAUUCCUCUCCUGGACAACUGGAACCGACCUCAUGCUCUCCCAAACACCUGCCGCCCCUUAACACUCAACUAGAGGAACUGUCUCAUGCAUUACAAAACAGGGUGUGUAAUAGUGGCAGACAGUAUCAUCAACAUGCAGGUUCUUUGA